AGUAUACAAUAUGGUGGGCAAAAGUAAAAACAGCUCCUGCCAUUUUGCUGCACUGGUGCUUUAAAUUUAACGUAUUUUAAAUUGCGUUAAGAACGUUAAACGUGUUUAGUGGAUAAAACGGACGCUGAAAAGAAGCAAAUGUUUAAAUGGACGCAUCGUCCAUUAUUACGCAAGUGUCAAGGGAAGACGAACAAUUGAACAGCUACCCUCCCGAAAAAGGCACAAUCUCUAGAGAUGAAAGCGAUUUAUCAGAGGGUAAAGUUCAAACCCUCAAGAAAAAGAGAGGAUUCUUUCAAACCAUUUUAUGCUGCUGGGGUCGUGACAAAAAGGAACCAACUCAUCCGCAUUUAUUCGAUUUCGAUGCGAGAUCGAUUGGCGGACCACCACGGUAUUUAUUGCCGGCUGUCCGACACCAAGAUAUGCACAAAAAGUGUAUGGUUAUAGAUUUAGAUGAAACACUUGUACAUAGCAGUUUCAAACCAAUAAGUAAUGCGGAUUUUGUGGUACCAGUAGAAAUAGAUGGAACUGUACACCAGGUGUACGUAUUAAAGAGGCCGUACGUGGAUGAUUUUUUAAAAAGGAUGGGAGAAUUGUACGAAUGCGUUCUGUUUACGGCGUCGUUAGCAAAAUACGCGGAUCCGGUCGCUGAUUUGCUGGACAAGUGGGGGGUUUUUAGGACUAGACUGUUUAGGGAAAGUUGUGUCUUCCAUCGAGGAAAUUACGUCAAGGACCUGAAUAAACUUGGACGAGAAUUGCAGCAAAUUGUUAUCGUUGAUAAUUCACCUGCUUCCUAUAUAUUCCAUCCAGACAAUGCGGUACCAGUGGCAUCCUGGUUUGACGAUAUGUCCGAUUCAGAACUAUUAGAUUUAAUACCAUUUUUUGAAAGACUAAGCAAAAUGGAUAACGUGUAUACAGUGUUGUGCAACUCAAACCAUCCGUACAAUAGCAGCGUGCCCCAAUUGACGACGAUAAACGGACCGAUGUCUGGCCAACAAUCACCAUCAAAUACGUAGCACAAAAAUCGAGUUACAAAAAGGACCCAAAAAAAUAGAUCGCUGUUCGUACAAAACGUUGUAAAGAUUCUGUUUUUUGUCGUUAAAUCUUUUUACGCGAUCGACAACGUUUUCGAUUAUUAAGUUUUUUUUUUCACCCCAAGAAAACAAUUUGAAACUAAUUAAAUUAAUUAAAAAACUAAUUAAUUUAAAACAAAAAAAAAUGUUCUAAAUACAAAAAAAUAAAUAAAUUUUUAAUCUGUGAUGUUAAGAUUAGUUCUACUUAAAAAAAAACGAAAAAAUAAAAAAAAAUGGUAAAAAAGAAUUGGAGUUGAAAAAAAGUGUUUAGAAUGUUUUUUUUUCGGUUUCAUUGUGGUUUUUGCUUUGAAGAUAUAAAAAAAAUAAAAAUGAUACCAUAAGAAAGAAAAAAUCCAUAUUUUUUCAUCCAAAAUAGAAAAAUUUAUAGUUAGAUUUAUAUCUAAAGUGCAGUUCUAUUUCAAGCUGUAUUCCUAAGUUGCAUUUUUAUUUUCAAAUUUUAUCCUCACUAAUCAAUAAAAAGGAAACAAAAAGAAAAUUUAAACUGAAAAUCAAAAUUUAAAUAUCAAUUUAUAAUAACAGGUUUCGGUUCAAUGAUCAUCCUCACGACUAUGACUUUCAGCAAAAAAUGCAUAUUUUUUAACUAUUAAUUAACCCAAUUUUUGAUUGCUUUUUAUAAAUAUUUAUUUUCCACAACAAAAAAAAAACAAUUUUUUUUUAUAAUUAAUUCAUUAUUAUACAGGAUAUCGCAAAAAAUUUCAAAUAUAUAUUUGAUUUUCAUCAAUAUUGAGUAUUUAAUGAUAGUACGAAAUUGUUCAAGGUCAUUUAUUAACAUUUUCCUCAAAAUUCUUGAAUUAUUAUUUUUGAAAUAUUCUGUAUACCAAAAUAAAACUCAAAAAAACUUUUUGACGUUAAACAAUCAUAUCUCUGUCGAGGUGAUUCACAAAUUUGGGAACAACAAAAAAGUUUUCCCAAUUAAAAAAAAAAAGAUUAACAGUGGCCUUAAAGAAUGAAAAUAUCAUGACAUAAAGACAUACUGAGCUUUCAACAUUUUGAUUGUACACGAUUUACUGUAGAAGAAAAACAAAAUAAAACGAUGGAUGAGAUCAUUUUUUACACACGGAUUUUUCACGGCGCAUUAUUUGCCUUUAAUGUUAGUUUUUUUUGGUCAACAUUUACCAAAAAGAAAAUGAUUGAACAAAAAUAUAAUCAGGUGUUCAGGAUAAUCAUAAAUUACCAUAUUGGAUCAUUUAGAAAAGGUAAAAAAUACAGAGAUUUAUUUAAAUGAAACAUUUGUUGUAAAAUGAAUGAUUUUUUUUGAACAGGAAUUAUCUGUAUUUUUACCGCAUUUAAUUUUCAUAUCAUCCAUUAUAAUUAUCCGGGACACCUCUACAUAUUGUCUUUAAAGAAAUACGCCACAAACUAUUUUUAUUUAUCAUCCGAUAUUUUUAUACUAAAUAUAAAUAAUAAUUAUUAAAUUUUUUGAAAAAAAUCCAAACACGACUUGAUUAUCUUCCGAAAUAGUUAAAAUAACUUGUAUUAUCAAUUUUUAGGCUAGAUUUCAACCCGCAAGUUGCUUAUUUAUUGAGAUAAAGCUAUCAUGUUUGGAUUUAUUUUAAAGGAAUUUUAAUUUUGACGAAAUAAAUUGUUUUAUUUGUUUCAUUAACCACAUCUUUCUUUGAUUUUAUUAUAAGCAGAAAUGAUCAAAAUAAGUGUACCAUGUAGGUAUUAAAACAACGUUUAAAAAUGUUAUAUGUUGAAAUUUUUACUCAAAUUGUCUGGGAAAAGCUAUUUAUUUGUUAAAUCCAACUAAAAAGUUCUCUUCUCUUAGAUGUUGUGGCUAAACCACUAAUUGCUUUACUUCUAUAACAUGAUUUUGAGCUUGAAGAUUCUCGUAAUCCCGAAAUGUUAUUGAUGUGGUCCAUAUUUGAUGUGUAAAAAUAUUUUUUAUCUGAAAUACAAAAUGUGAAAUGCAACAAUGAUGAAUGAAAUUUUCCGUUUUGUAAUAAUGAGUAUUUUCUAGUCAAUUGUGAAUUAUUAAAAUAUUAAUAAAAUCUGAUAUCCUAUAGUUGUGGUAAAACAUAAACUCAUCUUACACUUUUGAUAUUGGCCGAUAGUAUCUUCCUUUUUCGACAUUAUUGAUCAAUUAUACUUUUUUUUUGUAGAGAUUCUGCUAUUUCCAUCUGAAAUUUUUGCAAAUUAGUGACAAUUUUAGUUUGUAUAAAGUACUCUUAAGUCCUAGUACGUUCUCUUUAUCUCGUUGUUUAGUCCUUUCAUAUAUUUGUUGGCGAUUCUAAAAUAUAUACAAAAAAUGUCAGCUUUCGUUAUUUUUUUUAAGUCUUAAAUUUCACCAUGUUAGUCUAAAUCAUUAAGACUUACCAUUUCGAAUGCAUUCCAUUUCUUGCUAAUUACAUUGGGAAAUUGAUUUAAUUGUGAUAAAUAGA